GACUGGCCAGAGGCUACGAGGCUGGCCGAGUGGUAUGCCGGCGAGAAGAACAUGAAGGAGCUCAUCGAGCUGAGCCGGGGCAUCAAACGUGCCCACGGCAGGGACUCCAGGUUGAAGUCCCAGCAGCACCUGGAUUGCCAGGAUUACCUGAAGCUGAUGGAAGGAGUCGAAGGCCUCGAGAUGGGGGAGAGCUUGAGGCAGAAGAUUCUUUCCUCCAUCGAUGCUUUGGGUUCUGUUGGUACUGGCACGGGGAAGAUGAUCGUCGGCUCCCAAACGAUUUCCAACAUCACCCCAUACCUGACCCAGAAAGACUGGGAGGUGCUUGCCAACACAACCUACAUCAUGGAUGUCUUCAGAGUCGUCGCAGCUCGCAUGAGAGCCCUUGGUAUGCUGUCCUUGAAGGAAACGACGAAAGGGGUGGCUGCAGCCCUAGCCCUUUGGUGGCUUGAAACCAAAAAGCAACCCUUGCCAACCCCUGUCGUGAUCCACUACGAGUGGCUGCCGGACUUUCAGAAGCUCUUCUCGUCCAUUGAAGUCAAUUUGACUGUCAAAGGUUGCAAGUCCUACCCAUCCAACCCGAAGCAGCUCGGCGAUGAGUGGCUGAAAUCAGCAUAUGGAGACGAAGCACCGGCUCUGCAACACAUCGGACUCCAGGUCUACUAUGACAAGGUUCCCCUGCGAAAGACAUCGCACCUUCUGAAGGGCUACGACUUGCCAGCGAAGCCUCACCGGAAGGAGGAGCCAUGUGCACAGCCUGAUGCCAGUUCUGCAGGAUUUGCCAUGAUGUUGGGGAAAUUCCUUUCCACCUGGGCUCCUGACAUCAAUCUCCAGAUGUUGAAGCAGCCAGGUGCAGCUUCCAGCCAGGCAGCAGCACCUGCGACCCAAGCCCUUCAGGCUGCUCAGCCAGCACUCCAAGCCGCUUUGCCUUCUUUGCCAAGUUUGCCAGCUUUCCCAGCUGCUCCUUCUUCGGCUCUGCCUUUGGAGUCCAAGCCUUCUUCGGCUGUGCCUGUGGAGCCCAAGCCUCCUGCAUCCUUGCCAGUUCCGAUGGAGCUCGUGCCUCAGCCAGAGUCGUCCCCGGUGACUGAGCAGGAGCAGGAUGCAUUGGAAAGCUUUGAAGAAGCCGCAUUCGACAAGCUGAAGGCGAGGACGAAUCCCAAAAAGGCAGUUGCAAAGGAGCAGCCGGCCAAGACGGGCAAGGCAAAGAGCAAAGUGGCUCCCCCGGCAGCAAAAGCGCCGAGCAAGGCCGUGCUCAAGAGGCCAGCCGCCAAAAGGCCAGCAGGCCUGCCGGAGGUGCUGGGGUGCUUUCGCUGCAGGGGAAAUCCUCUCGGAUGCGACUCCUGCAAGGAUCCAUCCUUCGGUGGUCGCCGAUUCCAAGGUCGUGCUGACUAUCUUCGGUACGUCGCAGAGCAGAAGGCUCGCCAUGGGAAGAUCUACAAGUGA